GAAUAGUGAAAAUACAGAAAACAACGCCUUACUUGAAAUGGCUCUAAAUCUUGACUGCUUCAUGCGUCCAACUUCAGGGGUUCAAUGCUUUAAAGCAGCGGGCCAAAGCACCACCCCGUUAAAGCCGAACGUCCCCUAAGUAUCUGAUGUGGCAUCAACACAUCUAUGUACUGUUAGUCCCUGGGUGCUGGCUCGAGGUCAACGCAACCACACCUCUUCUGAUGCGCACUUAGCAUUUGCUUCUCGACUUUGACUUGGGAUGAAUAUGAAAGUGCGCAUUUCCCUUUCUAAUAACUCGUGUUACCUUCACAACGAUAGUUCACAUGAACGGCAUACAGUCCAAUGCGGACCUACUCGACUCGGACAAUUAUGACCCUAUAGAACACCUCAACGAGAUCUUUCCUCACCCUUCUGCCCUUUUCUCCGUCAGUCAAACCCAUGAGAUACUCCAGGCCUACCAGGAUGACCUCGACAACGAGAUCGACGCUCUCGAAGACGAGCAGAUCCGGUCCAAUGCAGAAUGCCUUCAGCGGAUGGAGGCGUCAAAGGCAGAGCUGGCGGAGUUGUUCGAGCGCAUCGAGGGUGUCCGUGAGCGAGCCCUGCAAACUGAGCGAAACAUUACCGACAUGACGGCCGACAUCAAACAGUUGGACAACACGAAGAAGAACCUCACACUCUCAAUGACAGCCUUGAAGCGAUUACAGAUGCUGACGACCGCAUAUGAAAAACUCCGAGCGCUGAGCAAGACAAGGCAAUACCGAGAGUGCGCACAGUUGCUUCAGGCUGUGAUCCAGCUCAUGGCGCAUUUCAAGUCAUAUCGCUCCAUCGAUCAGAUCGCGACGCUGAGCAGGAAUGUGGCAGAUCUACAAAGAGAACUGCUGGAGCAGGUCUGUGAGGAUUUUGAGAUCACGUUCACAAAAGAAGAGGUGGCGCAAAAGAGAGGCUUGCUCCAUGAGGCAUGCCUAGUUGUGGAUGCCUUGGGUGAUGCUGCCCGGUCGAGGCUGAUUACCUGGUACUGCAAUACCGAACUGCGCCAAUACCGACACAUUUUCAAAGGAGACCAAGAAGCCGGUUCACUUGACAAUAUCGAUCGGAGGUACGCAUGGUUCAAGAAAACACUGAAAGUGUACGACGAAGAGCAUGCGGCCAUCUUCCCUCCCCACUGGCGAGUCAAUGAAGUGCUUGCAAAUGCGUUUGCAGAGGGCACUCGGGAUGACUACAAAGGCAUCUUGUUGAGAACCACGCGCAACGGACAAGCCAUUGAUGUCAGACUGCUGUUAUCAUGCCUACAGCAAACACUGGAUUUCGAGCAUAGCCUGGAAAGGCGCUUCAAUUCCAGUUCAAGAACGUCCAUUGACACGAUAACGUCCAGCAAUGACACACAAGUUUUUGGACAACCCAUCUCUGAUGCCUUUGAGCCCUACCUAAGCUUAUGGGUUGAGGCGCAGGAUAGAGAACUCGCCAGGUUGAUACCACAAUACAAGCAGAGACCCACUCGACCGAUAGACGAGGAUUUCUCAUCCCAACAAGUUAUAACAUCAUCGACGGAGCUGUUCAACUUCUAUCGGCUAUCGUUGGCUCAGUGUGCAAAGCUGUCCACCGGCCAGCCGCUACUUGAUCUGUCCAGAGUGUUCGGACGUUAUCUAGACCAGUAUGCGCAACAAGUGCUUCUGUUCUACAUUUCCGAGAAUCCGUCUGGCACGACCCAGUCACGAAUUCCCACCAUCGAAGACGUAAUUUUGGUUCUCAACACCGCAGAUUACUGUUUCAACACGUCAAACUCUCUCGAAGAGAAGAUCAAGAGCCGUAUCGACGAGAAUCUGAAAGACAGCGUGGAUCUACAAAACCAGGCAGAUGCUUUUAUGGGAAUAGCAAGUGCAGCGGUCCGUGUUCUCGUGCGACGGGUAGAGGUUGAUCUCGAGCCCAGCUGGAGAGAAAUGCGGAAUAUAGCAUGGUUCAAGAUUGAAAGCUGCGAGAACCGGAGUUCCUACAUCACAGGUUUGCAGAGCCGCAUCAAAGACAGAUCAAGCGAGAUACUGGGUAUGCUGCACAAGCAGCAGUAUGCUCGAGCCUUUGCCGACAACCUGGUGGAGCUACUCGCGGCGACAUACAUUUCGAAUAUCGCCCAAUGUAAGCCUAUCUCAGAAGGAGGCGCUGAACAAAUGCUGCUGGACACACACGAGAUCAGAAACACUUUGAGUCACAUCUUGCCGGGCACGCCUCCUGCUCUCUUCCUCAAGCGUGUCAAUGCGGCAUUCAACAAAGUCGAGCCAUUGCUGAAAACGCUUCAGGUCAGACCAUCACCACCGGAAGCUCUAGUGCAAGCCUAUUUGAUUCACAUUGCCGAUCUGUCCGAAGCCAACUUUCGCAAGGUGCUUGACUUGAAGUGUAUACGGACAAAAUCGGAGCAAAACCAUCUUGUGGAAUUGUAUCAGAUGCAUAAGUUCAGUCCGCGGUACAAGGACUCUUUGGUGGAAAGGUCGCCACUCCUCACGUCGAUGAACUUAUCAGCAGCAGGCACUGCGCCAGGAACCACGGCUACUCCUGCGGGAGCUCUGCACAAUUUGUCAGUGCUCGGUAACUCGGCAGCUGCCUCAUUGAGCACGGCCAAUUUACCCGGAAACAUGAAAUUCGAUGCCUCAGGCCUGGGGAAUGCGAUUAUUGAUCGCUUCAGCAGUCCCGGUAGUGGGACACCUCGCGAAGAAGCACAAAGUCCGCCGCCUUUCGGUGGUGCGCCGACCAUCAAUGUGACGGCUGAUGGUGGACACUUGGGUGGCGAUACGGGGACGAAACUCAACGAGAACCUGAAAAACAUAGGGAAAUUCUUCAAACGAGAUUUGGGCGGGUUUAGCAGCAUAGGCCGGUUUGGCAAUAAGAAUACGAGUCCUGCUCCGCCUGAAGGAUAAAAGUACUCUGUACCAGUAAUAGAUGAAGUAUGAACAGGCAGAAAAUAUGGAGGGUUGCAGAAAUCUGCCUUUUCGCACAAUGCGUGACCUCGAGCCCCUUUGUCGAGUGGGUGUAACAAUGGC